ACAACUCUAAUUUUAUUAGUGCAAAAACGACAUAUAGCCUGUCAAAUUCCAGGCCUGCAUACACAUGCCUACUUGUAUGAAAGAUAGUCUAGUUAGAUGAUAAUUUUUUAGCCUUUUUCGUCAAUAGAGAAAUGCAUUUGCCAGGCGAUAUUCUCCACUAGGGUUUGCAACUUAAAUAAUGUUGUUGUUUGACGGCUGGAAAAUAUCAAUAUUUGGAAGGUUUGAGGUGUUUUGCAAGAAAACGUGGUCUCGUGAAGCCUUACAAAGACGAAGAGGGUUUAAGCAGUGAAAUUCAUUUUUCGAACUAUGCAGAGGUGCAUGACGUUGUAAAAGGUGAAAAUUUGGGAUUCAAAGCUAAUUCGACACAGAAAAGUGGCAUCGCUGAGGGUCUUAAAGAUAUCUCAUUGGUGAAAACUGGUGGACCAGUAACUAGUGAAAAAAUGGAGAGAACAUGGAAGUCUUAUCUGGAGAUCCAGAAGUUCAGAAGAGCUGCCUCUUAUUUUGGAAUAUAUUGCUUGUUCAGUGGCCUUGUGUAUGCCUACACAAAUAACACCACAAGGGCUGGUAUUUCACGGGCAGAUCAAUUUUAUAGCUCCUAUCCAGCUGGUGUAGAGCUUCUGUCUGAUACCACAAAGUUAUAUAAAGCAGCCCUGGGUAACGUUUUUGAAGAGGAAGAAUGGGGCCCUAUCCAAUUUUCCAUCAUGGCAAAGCAUUUCCAGCGUCAAAACAAAGCUCCAUAUGCCUAUCAUGCUCAAUAUAUGGUCCAUCUUCUUUCAAAUGGACAGCUUGAUGGUACAGGACUGUGAUUUCAGGGACACCAAAAAUCAAUACAUACUGAAUUUCUAAGUAGUUGGUUUAACACAGUAGAACAGCAUCUGUGUAAAUUAAAUCACAAAGAGAACAGCAUUGGCAUAAAUUGAUCAGGUUUUCUGAUUUUUUCUGCUCCAUUCAGCCAUUCAUGAUGCUGGGUUUGAUGAACUUGCUAUGAGUUUAUUUUUGAAGUUUUGUUCUUGUAUCCUUUGCUGUGAUAAGAUCUGUCCAUUGCAGUGGCCAUUGAAUGUUUCUUUUUAUGUAAAUGGAUAGCUGGUUGUAUCCUGCUAUGAUAAUCCAGUUGCAAACUAAUAUUAUUUUGUAUGUUUAUCAUUGCUCUUUGGAAGCAACCAUUAUGUUGAUUCUUUUCAGCUUCAUAAAACCAUGGGUGCUAGUUAUCUGUGUAUUUGCAGCAACAGAAAAAGCUCUUAAGGUCAUUGAGACUGUUUGAAUACUGCCCUUUUGACAUUUCCAUUUCAUCAUUAUACUUUUGCCAGGCACCAAGCAAAUGCUGGAUGUGUCCAAGCUUUGAAUUGUGUUAAUCGAAAAUAAACUGUACCAUCAAUAAAAGGUACUAGAGGAAAGGAUGAUUAUUGUAUUGAGAAUCAUUGAGGCCUAAUGCUAGUUAUGUAUUCACUCUAGUUAUUGUCCUCAUGGCAAAACUGAUAGAUAUGGAUUGUUUUGAUCCAAAGGCCCUUACAUGAGAAUUAAGGUGAAUUGUUUUUUCUUA